UGUCUCUUCUCUUCUCUCUUUCUUUCUCCUCAGUCCUCUACUCCUCUCCUUUCUUUCAGAAAGAAAGCACUGAGCUGAGGGCAAAGAGCAACAAAGAGAGAGAGAGAGAGAAAGGGAUAGAGCGAGCGAAACGACAGCCUCAGGAACGACAGACGACGACAGAGAUAGAGAGAGAGAGAGAGAGAAAAGAAGAAUUGUUUUGAGGAGAGGAAGAAAACGAUACCUGAGAGAGCCUUUGCAACCCUUUUACUGCAACUCUAACAAAUUAGACCUGGAAAAGAGGGUUCUUAAGAACAAGAUGAUGACGAUGAAGAUGAAGAAGAAGCUAGUGACAUGGGAGUAUUAGCGACCCGAAAAAGCUUGAGAAUUCUUCUUUUUCUUGCUCAGAAAAGGCGAAAUUCCUAGCUCUGGGGCCUUACACCCGGGCCAGAUAGGAUUGGAGUGAAUUGUAAUUCUAUGUCUGGGGAUUAUCAUCAUCCUCAUCCAGGUAUCUUUAGUUUCUCGAAUGGGUUCGAGAGAUCACAGUCGGAACAGCAGCAGCAGCAACAGCAACAUAUUCGUAGGGAGAAGAUGAGGGUGCAAGGGUUUGAGGCGGCGCCGCCGCCUUUGGUUGGGAUAGAGGAAGAACAGACUGGUGGGCUUCAGGUUUACGAGACCGCUGGAAUGUUGUCUGAGAUGUUCAAUUUUCAGUCCGGCACGGCGACGGAGCUGUUGGAGAAUCAGAUAUCUCAUUAUCGGAAUAAUAACGCUCGGCCGGCCGGGAUAGGGAGCGAGUGGUACGGGAAUCAGUUGGGACCGUUGAAGAAUCCUAGUCAGCAACAACAACCGAUGUCGGGGAUUAAUGCGACGGCGGUGGCGGCGGACUCGGCCGCCGCCGCCAUGCAGCUUUUCCUGAUGAAUCCACGGUCGCCGUCGCCGUCGCCGUCUAACCACCACCACCAGCCGCCGCCGACGCCGUCGACGCUCCACAUGUUACUUCCUAAUCCCUCCCCCACCUCCACUCUCCCAGGGUUUCACACCCAACCCGGAGGGCCUUUCGGUCAAUUCACCUGGAUUCCGGACAGCACCAAUACCGGCGGACCCGCAAACCCCGCGGAAAUCGGCGGCGGCGUCAACGUCGUCGAAGGCCAAGCCCUCUCGUUAUCCCUCUCCUCCUCCUUACAACACCUCGAAGCCGCCAAAGCCGAGGAGCUAUUCUUCAGCCAAGCCAGCGGAUCCGCCUCCGCACAAUUCCCAUACAACAAAACCCUAACCGCCGGCGCCGGCCACCAUCUUCUCCAAACGCUCCACGGCGGCGCCGCCGUAGGCGGCGGUUUAGUACCCCAAAACCACCAAAUCCACUUCGGAUCCUCUCUAGGAAUCGUGAAUGCACUGAGAAACUCCAAAUACGCUAAACCCGCCCAAGAAUUAUUAGAAGAAUUCUGCAGCGUCGGCAGAAAUCAUCAACUCAAGAACCAGAAAACCGGAAAACUCAUCAACGCCGCCGCCACACAAAACCCUAAUUCCCCUUCUUCCUCAAAGGAUCCUCCUCAAUUAUCCCCCUCAGAUCGCCUCGAGCAUCAACGCCGCAAAGUCAAACUCCUAUCCAUGCUAGACGAGGUGGACAGAAGGUAUAGUCAUUACUGCGAGCAAAUGCAAAUGGUGGUGAAUUCGUUCGAUUUGGUGAUGGGGUUUGGGGCGGCGGUGCCGUACACGUCGCUGGCUCAGAGGGCGAUGUCGCGGCAUUUCCGGUGCCUGAAAGACGCCAUUGCCGCCCAGCUGAAGCACAGCUGCGAGCUCUUGGGGGACAAAGACGCCGGCACCUCCGGCCUCACUAAAGGCGAGACUCCUCGCCUUAAGAUGCUCGAACAAAGCCUCCGACAACAACGUGCGUUCCAUCAAAUGGGGAUGAUGGAACAAGAAGCUUGGAGACCUCAACGAGGCCUGCCCGAACGCUCCGUCAACAUUCUUCGGGCCUGGCUCUUCGAGCACUUUCUCCACCCGUACCCAAGCGAUGCAGAUAAACACCUAUUGGCUAGACAAACCGGUCUCUCCCGUAACCAGGUAUCGAACUGGUUCAUUAAUGCCAGGGUGCGGUUGUGGAAACCCAUGGUAGAAGAGAUGUACCAGCAAGAAGCCCAGGAAGAAGAUGAAGAUGGCGAGAAAAUCCAGGCCAGUCCCAACAGUGGAAAUAACAAUACUGCACAAACGUCACCGCCUAAUAGUAGCAAUUCUCCCCCACCCCCACCCCCCUCUGCCACCGCAUCAUCAGCGUCAAUUACGCCUCCAAUCACAGCUCCCACAGCCAAAAGAUCCGAAUUCAAUGACCGUGAAAGCGACCCUUCACUCCUCGCAAUCAAUACCCACCGCUCCAAAUCCGCCGCGGCGGCGGCCAUGUCCGCCACCGCCGCGAUUCCGGCCGCCCAGUCAUUCCCGGCGGUUCUCACCUCCAGUUUCGGCGCCCCUUCUGACAUGGGGCCCUCCACGCUCAUCAGGUUCGGGACUAGCGGCCCCGCCGCCACCGCCAGCGGCGGCGAUGUGUCGCUCACGCUGGGGUUGCGCCACGACGGAAACUUGCCGGAGAAGACACAUUUUUUCGACUAGAUGCAUGGACGUAGUUCUGCGCAUGCAUGCAUGGCUGAUGCAUGCGGAUUAAUUUAUACAGAUUGAAAAAACAUCCACAUAAAUUAAAUCUUAAAAAUUUGGACAAUUAAAUUAUAUUAUUUUGCUUUCUUUCUUUUUGGGUGAUGAGAAAACCCGCAUAUAUUAUUCUUCGUAGUUAUUGCUUCUUGUGUCAAUCAUAUAUAUUCAUCUAGACAAAUACAUAUAAUUAAUGACAAAGGAUAGCAUAUAAUAACUAUGAAUGACAUUUACUGUAACUGUAAUUGUAUAGUUGUAGUAGCAGCAGUACAUUUUUUGGUC